CACGAUAACAAGAUGUAAUUUUACGGGAAAGAACUACGCCGGUGGUGACAGUGUCCUGAAAUUAAUUAAACUUUCUAUUCCUUCGACGUUGCUGAGUAUAAUUUAUGAGUGUCAAUUCGUAUUAAUCAAUAAUGAGUGUAUUGGAGAUACUAUUUCUCGUGAUAAAAAUUUCGAUUAUAUCGGGACGAUUGACAGUUUUAAAAAGUGUAUCAUCAAGACAUCUACCCUAUAAGAUGUGUAUGACGGAAGACGAUGGUGGAGGUUUAGUAUGGAACAUCAAUUUGACUUCGAGGGACUAUGAUGCACUUAAAAAACUUAACUUUAGGGUACUAAACUAUUAUCAGACAAAGGAAAUAGACUGCGAUCUGGAUUCGAACGAAAGUUGCACGAAUACUUGGAAUACCGCAGGUUGGAGUUUAACAGAUUCCAAAGAAAAUCCUAUGGGUCCGGUGUUCGAUCGCCGAUGGGAAGGCUUCAUAGAGUAUAAUAAUUUUGAUGAGCCUGGAUACUUCUCGCCCGACAAAUUGACAAAAUUACGAACUUUCGUAGUUUCUAUUCGUGGCACGAAUGACGCUCUGAUACUAUUAUGUGAGAGUGAACAUUAUACUACCGAUUUUUGUUACUGGAUCAUCCUUGGUGGCUGGAGGAACACGAUUUCUGUGAUACGAAGAUGCGCGACUGGCGUACCGAUUCUAGGACAGUACAGCUAUACCUACGAGUGCGGUCAAGAAAGGAAUUCUUAUGCAGGCAGUGUACUUUCUCCGACCGAAUGGAGAACCUUCAUUGUUACGUGGAACGAAAGCGCGAAAAACCUAUCGGUUUAUAAUACAGAAAAGUUGCUCCUAACGUACGUGGAAACCGAGGAACUGUCAUCGGCUACAACUGUAAAUUGCACGCUAUUCAUAGGAAGUCACACCGAGAUGCUAUUUCGAUUUCACUUAUACAACUUCCUCCAUACAAUCGAAUCGAAGGCAGCUCUGACGAGCCCUACGCUAUCUCUUCUCGACGGGAAUCUUUGUGUAGAAAUAAUAAUUGGCCUGUGCGCGGAAUGUGAGAUGGAAAUAGCAUUGAUAAAUAAUCGCUAUGAAAAACAAGUGUUAGAAACAAUAAAAGGAUCAACGGUGGCCGCUGCUCACGGGCUGCCCAUGUGGCAAUACGUUCGGAUCAAUCGAACGAUUUCAUCCGACUUUGUAAAUGUAAAGAUACAGUUGAUACCAGGACUCGAGCGGGAAAGCUGCAGUCCAUUCUGGGCCGUAGCAAACUUUCGUGCGUGUCCACCAACAGGUUCUAUACGAUACGUUACUACGAAGAACUAUGAGCGUUACUUGUGGCCACCAGUCACGUGCCAAAAACUGUUUUACAAAGAAAAGUUUGUCGUAAAUUCCGAUCUCGACGUCUCGACGUCUGUAAAAAUUGAUGGUUUCGACUGUCCCGAUGGAAAGGUGGGACCCUACUGCUCGAUAAAUUGCGAUUUUCAGACGGACAACUUUGGGAAUUGCACAAAUACUGUAAUUUGCGAAAGUAUGGGUUGCACGUGUCUACCCGGUUUUACUGGAAUACAAUGCGAAAACACUUGUCCUCUUCAUCGGUACGGACAGAACUGCGAGGAAAAUUGUGGAGAAUGUGAUAAUAACGUUUGCGACUUCAAAACAGGAAACUGCAUGUAUGGCUGUAACAAUUCUCAAAGAUACUAUGUACCACCGUUAUGUAAAAAAAGCAUAGAUGUUCUUCCACCGCCCAAAAUCGACUUUAUCAACGAGACAACCGUUCGCGCUAUUGUUCCAGCAAUAGAGGAAUAUAAAUUAACAUCAUUCCGUUACCAAUUUGUUAUACUGAAAAUAAUGGAGAACGUUGCCCGUAUUAUUGGAGAUCCAGUGAUAAUAUUUGAAAACACUACAGCGUUGAUUGGAUACACUAACGACUUAGAGCCUGGCACUACUUAUAACAUUUAUUGCCUACUAUACUAUAAUGAACAGCUAUUUAUUCUCGGAGAAGUGACCAACUUUACGACCAAAUGCACUCCGACUAACGAUUUCAGAGUAAUCCCAGGAAAUAAUAGUUUGACGCUAGUGAAGGAUCAGAACAUAGGCUAUUCGUACUGUCCAGACAACUGGUACAGUGUCGUUAUCGAGCACUCCGAGACAGGUGUUCAGAUUAUCAAAGAAAACGCACUCAAACUGCCGUACCACGUUUUAGACUUGAAGGCGUAUACUUAUUACAAGAUUACGGUCGCCCAUCAAACAGUGACGUUUUUCUCAGAGGAAGUUCGAACCCUCGACGGAGAACCAUCCAAAGUGACAAACGUUGAGACAGAACUGAUUUCAAAUAGUAAUUUAACGUUAAAAUGGAAUCCUCCUCGACAGUUAAAUGGUAUCAUAAAGUAUUACAAAAUUAUAUUGAAGAUUGAAACUUAUAAAGGCUGCGACAAUCUGCGCAAGGAUUCUCCAAAGUGGAACGUUUCAAACGAAAUUACAUCUACCAGCAUUACUUUCGCAAAUUUGGUUCCCUACGCGAAAUACGUCGUAGAAAUUUCAGCUUGUACGUCUUACUGUGGCCCCUCCGAGAAGAGAACCAUCGACACCGUCGAAAAUGAAAUGCCAACUUCCGUGUACAGUAAUUUGAGAAUUGAAGAUUUCACGUUGAAAUGGGAUCAACCGGAAAAUUGCACCACAAUUUCUGGUUCUAUGUUUACAAGAAUCAUUAUUAUCGGCAUUAGCAAAUCCGUUGCAAAUGUCAACAUUACUAAACAGACUACACUUUGUUCUAUGGAUUUAAAAAAGUUUCUUUGUGGCGCGGAAACGUACAAGAUCCGAAUUUAUGUCAUCAGAGGCUACGGUAAAAAGCACAAUGAUUUGCUUUAUCAGGAAAUUCGUUUCACUACGCCGCCGAAAGCACCGCCUUCGGUAAGGAAUCUAGAGAUUUUUGAGAUCGAUACUCUAUACAACACCAUACAUUUAAGGUGGCAAAAACCAGAACCACCUAUCCAUGGAGAAAUAGAAUUCUAUACCGUAAAAUGUUGUAACAACAGAAUGUGCAAGGUUUUGAUGAACAUAUCGCCAACAGCAUACUGCAAUUUGUGGAACGAGUACAUCUGCGCGACUGCCGAUAAUUGCAAACCGAUGAACACGAUUAUGGUUUCAGCCAACAACGUAAACGUUUCAACGCCCGGGACUUCGAUGCCAAUUAAUUUGAACGUGUUUGAACCAGAGGCGCCUAAAAUCUUCAACGUCGAGGCUCUCGAGAAAGGAGUCGUUAACGCGAGUUGGUCUCACCCAUGGAAAACAGGCGAACGGCUCGCGGAAUUUCUGAUAACCGUGGAAAUGAUAUCCUCGGAUCUGAGAAUGGAAAUUAGAGACUCGAUAAGAGCUACGAUAUACGAAUACCAGGUCAAGGAAUACCAGGUUCGGUACAACGAACAAUUGCACUUGUUGUCGUCGACCAUUUACGACGUAUCCGUUUGUGCAUUAACGAUAUCGGGAAAGCGUGGCGCGUCAGUAUCUAAGCAAGUGCGGACACCAUUGGCCAUGGCAUUCGAGGGAGAAUUAACGUCGAAAACAAGCGAUAUUCACUCGACGAUCGAGUUGCGCAUUCCUGUUGUUUCGAACGUCACGAAAAAUAGCCUGAUCAACGUGGCGGUGAAAGGGUCACAGUCCUGUGAUCAUUAUAUGAAAUUGAGCCCGUUUCUCCGCGAGAAGGCGGGUAUCGGCUACGACGAGAUCGCCUGGAACGCCGCCAGGAUCCCCACGCACAACUUUGCCGGUAGAACGUUUACAAUAGGCGAUAAUAAGGUUUACGGCGGUAUGAAGAACUGUCCGCUAAAGCCCGAUGAAUCCUACGAGAUAGUGGUUAUUUUGCAAACCGAAGGAGGAUCGAUGAACAAUCAGGCGAUGGUCGUGAAAACAACGUCGAUUCGUAUCGGCGAGGUCCCGAAGCGGCACGACGAAGCUUGGCUAGUUCCUCUUACGAUACUUCUCCUCAUAGCGAUCGUCGUAGCAGUUUACUUUUAUCGAAGAAAGAAGCCAGGAUUAUUAAAGACCAUCAUUGUUCGCGAAGAAAUGGCGUUGGCUCGUAACGCCGGGAAUCUCGAGGACAAAUCGAUUUUGACAAAUUCGAAACAAGUUUUAUCGGUCGCGCCCAUUGCAUCCGAUAAAGAAUGCGUGUCGCGUACGAGCACGCCCGACAGUGACGAUACGACGCUCGUGAAUUACGUAAAUCCGAAAGAAGAAGCAACUUCUCUGGUAAAAGUGAAGGAUUUCGAGGACUACGUGAGACAAGCUAUCGACUCUGGACUCCUCGACAGGCAGUACAAUAUACUCCCGAGGGGCCAAACAAAACCAUGGACGUACGGGAAGCUGCCACAGAACAAAUCGAAGAAUAGAUAUGGAAAUCUCAUAGCGUACGAUGAAAAUCGCGUGAUACUGAACAUACUUCCAGACGACCCAUACUCGGAUUACAUUAAUGCUAAUUACAUUAAGGGUUACAAAAAAGAGAAGUGUUACAUAGCUACCCAAGGACCAAAACCGAACACUAUCAUCGACUUCUGGAGGAUGAUUUGGCAAGAAGGGACCCUUAUUAUUUGCAUGGUCGCGAAUCUAAUCGAGAACGGAAAGGCAAAAUGCGAACAGUACUGGCCCGACAUACGAAAAAAGAAAAAAUAUGGCGACUUGCUAGUCUUCCAUGUUAAGCAGACCGUGUUCGCGGAUUACACGUUUCGUACUUUCCACGUAACCUGCGAAGACGAAACUCGUAAGAUCGAGCAUCUGCAUUAUACAGCCUGGCCGGAUCACGGAGUCCCUUUAUCCACGCAUUCGGUGGUCAGGUAUUUGAAGAAACUAUUGGCAACGUCACCCGGAAACGGACCUGUGGUUGUCCAUUGUAGCGCAGGCGUCGGAAGAACUGGAACCAUAAUUUUGUGCGACGUUUGUCUCCGACGAGCCGCCGCAGAAGGGGUGGUCGACAUGUUCGCCGAAACCGAGUCGAUCAGAAGUCAGAGGGCUAACAUGGUAGACACGAAGCAACAGUAUCUCCUAGCUCACUUGACGCUAGUUGAAUGUUUACUUUCUAUCCCAACAUCGUUGCCCUGCAACGAGAUUUUCCCAACGAAGAUCAAGGAACUUAAAAAGCAGCUGGCGAUGCAGCAACUCAGUUUGGAGAAGACUAUCUGGCAAGACGAAGCCCUUCGUCCAAUUAAUUCAGCGCCACUGACGGAACGCAACCUUGCCAAAAACAGAUUCCCAGAAUUAGCAACAGUCAACAGAGUGUACUUGAAAAGAUAUCCACCGGCAGAUGAGGACAGCGAUUACAUUUCCGCUGUUUACGUGGAUGGUAUGAGAUUGCAGAAACAGUACAUUGCAACGCAAUUGCCGUUGCCUGGGACGGUCAACGAUUUCUGGAGAAUGGUGGCCGAAUAUAACGUCGAGUUAAUCGUUAUGCUACAGCCGCCUGACCCGAACGACACGACCUGCUGUUCCAUUGUUCCGUAUGAGGAAUUCAAGCCGGUGCCAUACAUAAACAUCAAGACAAAAGAAUUCAUCGAAUUCGAAUUUUACACCUCGCAGAAGCUGAUACUUGUUGAUAAUUCGGAGAAGCCCCCCACAGAACAACAAGUAACAAUUUUGUGCUCCACGGAAUGGAAAGCUGGCAGAAAUCAAGAUCCACCAGCAACGAUGAUGUUAAUGUCACUGUGGCAAGCCUCGGAGAAAAUACCUAGAGGAGAUGGGCCAACUGUCGUAGUUUGCCACGACGGCGUAACAGGCUGUGGACUUUACCUAGCUUUAAGUUUUCUUUUGGAGAAAAUGGCCGUAGAACGAGAAUGCGACGUUUGCUUGGCGAUUCGCGCGGUUAGAAGAUCCAGACCCGAUUUCGUCCGAUCUUUGGAACAAAUGGAGUACUUGUACGACGCAACGAUUACGUACUUUAAAUACUUCGAAACGUACGCGAAUUUCAUGUGAAAAAUCCCUACUCUAAUUGUUCGUUCGAUUCAUCGUACAAAUUGUUUCGAUUGAUUUUAACGAGAUGAAACUAGUUUCCUAAUACGAGCAUCGUUCGUCCCAUAAAUUAUACCGUUACGUAAUUAUUUAAUACUGAAAUUCUCGACUCUC